GCCCAAAAAAGUUCAUGGAAGUGUGGAUAGGGAAGGACUGGGAAGGAAAGGCCGGGAGGGAGCUAUGGAUCACGGGCGUGCUCUCAUCGCGUUCUCGUUGAGAAACAGCAUCUCAUCCCAGAAAAUUGUGACUCUCCGAGCAAGAUCGUCGUGCUUAGUCUCAUGAGGCCGCUCAUAGUCUACGAGUAGCAGAGGCCCGCCACAAUUGAGUCGAUUCCUUAGACGUAUGUCCUUGUCAGUGAGACCCAGGGGCUUGAUGGGGUCUCACAGUCUGGCCUGCUGCAAUGCUUGCCUUCGGGGCCCAAGGAUUCGUGGUGAAUUCUUGAAUGUACCUUUCAUAAGGAAUCUUGGCGUUUUUGGAAGAAUUCCAUCUGCAGCGCGAGGAUUGAAGAGAGACAGGAGAUUGGUUGCGCCGGGUUUUAGUGGCAAGAGUAAUUUGAAGUCGAGAAUUUAUUCGGAGAGUUCGACUGCUCUCGCUAGUUCGAAUAGCUUUUGCCAUGGCAAUAAUUUGUUGUAUAGAGCAGGGUCCAUUGGAUUCAGCACUAGGCAAGUGCACUGCAAUGCGACUUUGAAUACACCUCCAGUUCAGCUCGAGCAGACAAAGGGAGAACACGUGGAUCAGGCUACCGAGACAAACAAAAUCAGACAGUAUCCUUUUCCGGAGAUUGAGUCCAAAUGGCAGCGAAUCUGGGAUGAGGAGCAGACAUUUCGCACUCCCGAUGCGGUGGAUACCUCCAAGCCCAAAUAUUAUGUUCUUGACAUGUUUCCCUACCCUAGUGGUGCAGGGCUUCAUGUUGGUCACCCGGAGGGCUACACAGCCACGGAUAUUAUGGCCCGUUACAAGAGAAUGAAGGGGUUCAAUGUCUUGCAUCCAAUGGGUUGGGAUGCCUUUGGUUUGCCAGCUGAACAGUACGCAAUCCAGACAGGAACUCAUCCGAGGGAGACAACUUUAAAAAACAUUGACCGCUUCCGUAGUCAGCUCAAAUCUUUGGGUUUUUCAUAUGACUGGCAACGUGAAUUGUCAACCACAGAGCCCGAUUAUUAUAAGUGGACGCAGUGGAUAUUUCUUCAACUUUUUAAUAAGGGUCUCGCUUUUCAGGCAGAAGUACCCGUGAAUUGGUGUCCCGAACUCGGGACCGUGUUAGCAAACGAGGAAGUAAUAGACGGCCUCAGUGAACGUGGUGGUUUUCCAGUCAUCCGGAAGCCUAUGAAGCAGUGGAUGCUGAAAAUUACCGCUUAUGCUGAUAGACUUCUUGAAGACUUGGAUGAUCUGGACUGGCCUGAAAAUAUCAAAGACAUGCAGCGAAAUUGGAUCGGUCGGUCGGAAGGAGCAGAAGUAGAUUUUGAAAUUUUGAACAGUGCAGGCGAGACGAUCUCCUCAAGUCUUAGGGUCUUUACAACAAGACCAGAUACUCUUUGCGGUGCAACGUAUUUGGUAGUUGCUCCUGAGCAUCCCUUGCUGAAGCAAAUAGUUUCUGCAGACCAAAAGGAUUCGGUUGAAAAAUAUGUUGAUGCUGCAACGAGGAAAAGUGAUUUAGAACGAACAGAGUUGCAAAAGGAGAAAACUGGAGUUUUCACAGGAGCUAUGGCAACAAAUCCUGCCAACGGUGAAUCGAUCCCUGUAUGGGUUGCGGAUUAUGUGCUGGGCAGCUAUGGAACUGGAGCUAUAAUGGCGGUUCCAGCACAUGACACGAGAGAUUACGAGUUUGCAGUCAGGUUUGACCUCCCUAUUCGGGUUGUAGUGUCCUCUGGAGAAGAGGAUGCCCUCGUUGACAAGAGGGCUUACGCUGGUGAAGGUACUAUUGUAAAUUCCUCGUUGGUAUCUUCAGGUGUCGAGCUGAAUGGUCUCCCGAAUAAUGAAGCAGCUGAAAAAAUCACUCAGUGGCUCGAGGAAAGUGGGAAAGGGAAAAGACAGGUCAACUACAAACUCAGGGAUUGGUUAUUUGCCAGACAACGUUAUUGGGGAGAACCCUUCCCCAUUAUCUUUUUUGAAAAUAGUAAUGAAGCACGAGGAGUUGCAGAAGUGGAUCUCCCUGUAACACUUCCAGAAAUUGAUGACUUCACGCCCACUGGGACUGGCGAACCUCCCUUAGCGAAAGCUGAUGCAUGGGUGACAUACACGGACGAGGAAUCUGGGAAGGUUGUUCGGCGAGAAACAAAUACGAUGCCGCAAUGGGCAGGAUCUUGUUGGUACUAUUUGAGGUUUAUGGAUCCUAAGAACUCAAAAGCUCCUGUUGACCCAGAGAAGGAAAGGUAUUGGGGGCCUGUUGAUCUAUACGUCGGCGGAUCAGAACAUUCAGUGCUACAUCUUCUGUAUGCCCGAUUCUGGCAUAAGGUGCUGUACGAUAUUGGUGUUGUUUCCACUAAGGAACCUUUCAAACGCCUAGUCAACCAGGGCAUGAUUCUUGGUGAGGUGGAAUAUACAACCUAUAGAGACACAGACGGGAACUAUGUAUCUGCUGAUUCAUUGGGCCAAGAUUGCCUGCCGGAGAGAGUAUCGGAGAAAGAUGUUUUGAAAUCGGGAGAUGGAUAUGUUCUAAAGUAUGAUCAAAGCAUCAGGGUGAGUGCCAGAGCUCAUAAAAUGAGCAAAAGCAGGGGCAACGUGAUCAAUCCUGAUGACGUUGUUACGGAUUUCGGAGCAGAUUCCUUACGUCUCUAUGAAAUGUUCAUGGGCCCUUUGAGGGAUACAAAAGUUUGGAGUACGAAUGGAGUUGAAGGUGUAUAUCGGUUUCUGGGUCGUGCGUGGAGGUUUCUGGUUGGAAUUCCUCCUGCAGAAGGUCCUUAUCCCGAAGGAUCUCUCGUGACAGAUGGCGAACCAUCUCUCGAACAGCUGAAGAUUCUUCAUCGAUGCAUAUACAGAGUUACAGAUGACAUAGAAGGCAUGCGUUUCAAUACCGCAAUUGCUGGCAUGAUGGAAUUCUUAAAUGCAGCCAGUAAGUGGAGAGAUCGGCCCAGAGCCAUCGUGGAGCCCUUCGUUCUGCUGUUAUCACCAUUUGCACCCCACAUUGCCGAGGAGCUGUGGUGCCGUUUAGGACACUCAAAAAGUCUUGCCUACGAAAGCUGGCCAGAGGCCAAAGAUGAAUACUUGAAAGAAGAUGUGCACGUUUUGCCUGUUCAAAUGAACGGCAAGUUAAGAGGUACAAUCGAGGUGCCAGCUGGAGCGGACGAAGAGACUGCUUUUGCUGCAGCAAUAAAAAGUGGCAAUUUUGACAAAUUUUUAGAAGGCAAGGAAAUCAAGAAGAAAAUAUAUGUUCCAGGGAGGAUUUUGAAUCUAAUCAUCAAAUGAUAUCCACAUUUUUCAUGCAGAAGUAAAAAUACAAUACAGUUUUGGAGCGCAUCGCACGAACUCUAAUAUUUGCAAAGGCUGAGUGGAGGUGUAAAUUUGACAUUCAACGUUAAGGGGUUUCGAUUUCAUGCAAUGUACUUCAGUACCAGAAUUUAGGUGUACUAGCGGCAAAUUCAUCGUCAGAAUAUAAUCUGUGAGGAGUUCAUGAAUAUUCAUCUGUCUAAGAACUCAAAACUAGCAGAGGGUUCUUUCUUCUGGCACGAAUUGUUGGAGUUGACCAAGCUUUGAACAGCUAGCUGGCCAGGAUCAGGCUAGAAUUCAAAAAGGGAAUUAACAGAAUGAAAGACCAGACUUAAACUAACUUUCUCGCUCUUUGCGAAACACGUACUAAGGUAUUGGAAGAAUCAGGACACGGAAAAUCGGAACAAUAUUCAAAGGAAAGCAAUCUAUCCAGGAGUCCAAGGGGAACUGUGAAGCUAAGUGCAGCGACUUUUUCGUUUAGCAAAUCCUGUACCGUUUAGGGCUGUCGAAAGGCUAUGUUCACUAGUGUUUGGUGCAGUGAUUAGUACAGCGUUGAGAAGCAUCGGAUAAGUAAUACCGAGAAAAUAUCUUAGAACAACGGCCCCGCUUUAAUGCUACGUCCCACGGAAAAGCAACGAACGUGAGCGUCAUCAUGAUUCACAACCAGAGCAUCCCAUUAGCGAGUUGUACUACAUUCCCGCAUAACAACUGCUCUUAUCUCAAUCAAAUUAUACAUUCGG